AUGCAGGAGGUUUACGAUGACGCCGACCGUGCGUCCCGCGAAGCGAGGCGCACUGCUCGCGCGGCAUGCGAGAUGCUCAUCGGUUACGCCAAGGCGACCUGCACCACCCCGCGGGACUUGUGCGCCAUCUUCGACAUCCGCAACCCGAUCAUCCGGGCGCGGAUGGAGCGCGCCAGCCCGCCGCUGAACCUCUACGCGACCCCGCCCCCCGCCAUGACGACUGCCUCCACCCCGGAGGCAGAGACCCCCCGUCCCCGUGGUAGGGUCCUCCCGGCGUGGAUGACGGUGCCUACGGCUAACUGGGUGGCACAGACUGCUCGCCGCCAGGAGCUCAUCGAGGCGGGUUUCCCGGCCGUCAUGACCGGCUACGUCGCCGCCGCAGAAUGGAUGCGGCUGUGCACAGGUGGGGUGUUGUGA